UGGGUUUUUGGGGGGUUUUCGGAGCGGAGCAGCCGUGAAAAGGGAGUCAAAGAAUCGUUGAUUCACGUGUAAACAUGUUCAACUUGAGCAAAUUGGAGCAUACAUUGCGAUUGCAACCUCAUCUUUUGAGCCUUCCGAUUAAUGAAGCAGUUAAGGGAGAGCUUGAGAGUCUCUUCUUGGAUAAGGUAAUCGCAAAUUUGGGGCUAUGCAUAUCUGUUUACGAUAUCGAGUCAAUUGAUGGUGGUUUUAUCUUUCCCAACGAGGGAGCUCCAACCUACACAGUAAAAUUUAGGCUGAUAAUCUUUCGGCCCUUUGUUGGAGAAAUUAUAUCUGCCAAACUUAAAGAAUCUAAUGCCGAUGGUUUACGCUUAUCUCUUGGAUUUUUUGAUGAUAUAUACAUACCGGAGUUGCUAAUGCCAGAGCCUUCCCGUGCUGUCCCCGACUCAGAAACCACGACCCGAGUCAAAUGGAUAUGGACCUUCAAUGAUGAGGAAUAUCUUAUAGAUGGAUAUGAUGAGAUUAGAUUCCGAGUUCAAAAUGUAAAGUUCCCUGAAAUCCCGAAGGAGCAAAAAGAGUCGAAGCCAUUUGCCCCUAUGGAGAUCAUUGGAUCACUUGUGUCUGACGGGGGCUUGGGCCCCAUUUCAUGGUGGGUGUAGUAAGAUGUAAACAAAAUUAUACAUAUACAAUCUUUUUUUUAUUAGCCUGGAUAUCAACCCGUUAUGUGAGUCGACUAAUCCUAGGGCGACCACCUGCUUUGUGGGUAGCCUGAAGUCACUGCAUUUGAAUCUUCGUGGCCACAAGGGGAUUUUUUUUGUUCCUCCUUGGAUUUGAACCUGGGACCUUGAGACAGUUUUGACCUUUGGAGCCCAAAGUUCAAACCAACCAGGCACCAACCUUGCGGUUUACAACCCUCUUUGUACUGAUGUGAAGUAGGACAAUGCAAAACUCUUGAUUAAAGGUGAAUGUCAUGUAAUCUUUCUUCAAAUCACACUUCAAAUUCUUUAUUUGUACUCUUAAUCUAUACCACUUUGCU